GCAUUGGUACUGUCCGAACGCCAUCUCCUUGGCGCGUUGUAUUAAAAUUGUUUCUCCGCAUUGGUUAUCAGGUUGCUGCCUAGUCGAUACUCCCAACAGAAUUGUUCCGGGUGCUGUUCAACUAGGUUUAAUCGCAAUACCUUACAGAAAACAAUGUCUUUUACACUCAGUUCAAGACACUACGAUGAUCGGAGGACAGAUGAGAGCAGGAGUAGGGGUCCUUCGCGCUGGUCCCAUUGCCGGAAACGCGGCGCAGACGGCAAUCUGAGGCCACAGGGUGACCCGGACUCCACAGUGUUCGAUGAUGCGGAGAAAAGAGGGAAAGGACGCAGAUGCACCGAUAGCAGGCCUGCAAGCUUUACCACUCCUGAAAGCGGGGGCCCGGUGUCAAGAUGUGCUGACUGGGGCAGUGAGGUGGAGGAAGAGGAGAUGCGUUCAGGCGUCCUUCGUGACAUGCAAAGAUACAGGAGGAGAAUUUUGGCAAAUGACUUCAAUGAAAGAGAAAGAAAAACUUCAUCAGGAAGCUCGGAUUCCAGGGAUUCUCCCAUCCCUGCUGAAAUGGAGACUGAUGAGGUGGUUUUGUUAAGGAGACAGAAGCAGAUUAACUAUGGGAAGAACACCCUUGCCUAUGACCGCUACAUCCGGGAAGUGCCCAAGCACCUGCGCCAGCCAGGCAUACAUCCGAGGACACCAAACAAGUUUAAGAAAUACAGCCGGCGGUCCUGGGACCAGCAGAUUAAACUGUGGAGGGUGAAGCUCCAUGCAUGGGACCCCCCGGCCCAGGAAGGCAGUGACCUGCAAGCCAUAGAGGAGAUAGACCUGGAUGACAUCAUGGAGACUGAAUCUGGGAUGACCAACCCUUCAGAGUCUGGGGCUAAUACUCAGCAACCUAAAGUCUGCAAAACUUCAGCAUCUGUUCCAGAGGACUCCUGCUCAGGGACCCCCAGUAAGGUCAUGAAAACUGAGCUGUCUUUCGACCUGGAAAUGUGUCUAAAUGAAGGGGACGGUGAAAGCAAAUGGCUCAGCUUGUGAUGAAUUUUGAAGACUUUUGUGCAUGGGGUGGGCCUGUGAAGCCCCUCCGCUGCUGGAGUUUAGGUGGGGAAAAUGGCCAGCAGACGGCAGCACAAGCUAGCCAUUGAAAGGACAUUCUUUUCCACAACGACACAAGAAACCAGACGCGCAAGAUUAGCGUCUGCUUUAUGCUUCAGUAAGAUUUUUUUUCUGAUGAGAUGUUCCUUAACACAUUUGUUACAUGCCCUAUUAGUUCAGUGCAUAUUUCACAAAAAGUUUGACUGGGUUGUGUACAUUUUUAUGUAAGUUUUUUAAAAUGGUAACUUUUUACUUUUCAUAAAUGCUAUAAAGUGUUCUGUGUGAAUGUUCCUUGUUUCUUUUUUUUUUUUUUAGCCCUGGGGGCAUGUUGUGAUUAUGACAGGAAUUUUAUCUGCACUCUGUUUAAAGAAAAAGAAAAUAAAGUGUAUUAAAAAAUUAA